GGUGCUGGGUGCCUGGCUGCGGGCUCGGCGCGCUCAGAAACAUGCUGAGGUCCCGGCGGCUGUUACAGCAGCGGCUCCAGCAGCGGCUCCAGCAGCAGCGGAGGCGGCGGCGGCGGCGGCGGAGACAGCGCGCAGCUCCUCCGGCGGGGAAGGCGCCCGGCGGCGCCCAUGCCUCCGGCUCCGCGCCGCGGCUGCCCUGACCCGGCCGCGACCUCCCUCCCCGCGCGGGCCCAGCCGCCCCGACCUCUGGGGGGUCCCCCAAACAACACGGCCCAGCCGCCCCGCCGCCACACCCCCCGGCCCCGGCCUCCUCCUCCUCCUGCUCCGCAGCUCGGCAUGGGCGCGGGGGCGCUCGCCCUGGGCGCCCCGGAGCCCUGCAACCUGUCGUCCUCCGCCGCGCCUCCUCUCCCCGACGGCGGCGGCGCGGCCCGGCUGCUGGUGCCCGCGUCGCCGCCCGCGUCGCUGCUGCCGCCGCCGGCCGGCGAGGAGGGCGGCCCCGCGCCGCUGUCGCAGCAGUGGACGGCCGGCAUGGGCCUGCUCAUGGCGCUCAUCGUGCUGCUCAUCGUGGCGGGCAACGUGCUGGUGAUCGCGGCCAUCGCCAGGACGCCGCGGCUGCAGACGCUCACCAACCUCUUCAUCAUCUCCCUGGCCAGCGCCGACCUGGUCAUGGGGCUGCUGGUGGUGCCGUUCGGGGCCACGCUGGUGGUGUGGGGCCGCUGGGAGUACGGCUCCUUCUUCUGCGAGCUGUGGACCUCGCUGGACGUGCUGUGCGUGACGGCCAGCAUCGAGACCCUGUGCGUCAUCGCCCUGGACCGCUACCUCGCCAUCACCGCGCCCUUCCGCUACCGCAGCCUGCUGACCCGUGCGCGGGCGCGGGCCCUCGUGUGCGCCGUGUGGGCCAUCUCGGCGCUGGUGUCCUUCCUGCCCAUCCUCAUGCACUGGUGGCGGGCCGAGGGCGCCGACGCGCGCCGCUGCUACGACGACCCCAAGUGCUGCGACUUCGUCACCAACCGGGCCUACGCCAUCGCCUCGUCCGUGGUGUCCUUCUACGUGCCGCUGUGCAUCAUGGCGUUCGUGUACCUGCGCGUGUUCCGCGAGGCCCAGAAGCAGGUGAAGAAGAUCGACAGCUGCGAGCGCCGCUUCCUGGGCGGCAGCAGUGGCCCCGCGCGGCCGGCCUCGCCCGCACCGUCCCCGGGGGCCCCGCCGGCCCCGCCGCCGGAGCCCGGGCGGCCCAGCAAGCGGCGGCCCUCGCGCCUCGUGGCCCUGCGCGAGCAGAAGGCGCUCAAGACGUUGGGCAUCAUCAUGGGCGUGUUCACGCUGUGCUGGCUGCCCUUCUUCCUGGCCAACGUGGUGAAGGCCUUCCACGCCGACCUGGUGCCCGACGGCCUGUUCGUCUUCUUCAACUGGCUGGGCUACGCCAACUCGGCCUUCAACCCCAUCAUCUACUGCCGCAGCCCCGACUUCCGCAGCGCCUUCCAGCACCUGCUGUGCUGCGCCGCCCGCCGCCGCCGCCGCCGCCCCGCCGGCCCCCGCGACCGCGACCGUGACCGUGACCGCCGCGCGCGCGCCUCGCCGGGCUGCCUGGCCGUGGCCGGGCCCGCGCCGCCCGGGGCCGCCUCCGACGACGACGAGGACGAGGACGACGGCGGCGUCGGGGCCGGGCCGCCCGCGCGGCUGCUGGAGCCCUGGGCCGGCUGCAACGGCGGCGGCGGGGCGGCGGCGGACAGCGACUCGAGCCUGGACGAGCCGAGCCCGAGCCCCAGCCCGAGCCCCAGCCCCGGCUGCACCUCGGAGUCCAGGGUGUAGGGCCCGGCCCGCCGCCCCGUCUCCCCGUCUCCCCGCCGGGACGCGCGGGCUCUGCGCGCCUGGAUGGAGAGCCCGGGCGCCUCCGGAUGGCUCCCCGGGGGAAAGAGAUGUGUGUUUACUCAAGACCUGCAGCAGGUGGACGCGGAGCCCGCAGACCUCCUCCGAAGCAUCCAAAACAAACAACCCACGGAAGCGUCACGGGCCGGUGCACAGAAAGGGAAGUUUGGGGAGAGGUGGGAGCGCGGCUGGCUCCUUUCUCUCUCGGGUUCUUUUCCAGGCUUGUGCGAUGCCUCUUGAGAUAUUUUCCCCACCCCCACCCCCCUAAGGUGACACUGUCUGCAGGGAAGGAGGAAGCAGGCCAGGGAAGGAAGAAGCAUGAGGGUAUGCAGUGUUGUGGAUCAGCGUGGCUUCUAUCCCCCUGCCUGGACCGGGAGCCGUCCACCCGGGAGAGGGGGGUGGGGAGGGGAGGGAUGGCAGUGUGUCAAGCUGUCUUUCCAUUUGCUUUCCAGAGAAAUUUCAGUUUAAUUCCCGAGGAAUGAUUUCUCCUGUUUGGGAAGCAAAGGGAAAGGGUGGGUGCCAAAAGUGCGUUUCAAAAAAGAAAGAAAGAAAGUGUGAGCUAUUCCUGGAACGCGCCUCACCUUGCUUCCCCUGAGCAGGGCGAGCCUGCUGUCCCCGGCCCCAGGUGGCCAGGCUGAGGGGUUUCUACCUCACUCUGUGCACAUUGCACAGCAAGCUAGGAAGACUUGUUUAUAUUAAACAGCUUAUUUAUGUAUCAAUAUGCGUUGGAAGGACCAGGCACUGAGCCUCUAUGACAUGUGACUCUGUCCAUGGAAGACAGGACAGAAAAAGAAAAGACAAAAAAGAGAGAGAGAGAGAGAGAGAGAGAGAGAGAGAGAGAGAGAGAGAGAGAGAGAGAGAGAAAGAGAGAGGAAGUAAUUCAGAUUACUGCACAUGUGGGUAAAAACAAACAAA